UGCAAUUGCAAAGCGCGCCUACAAGCGCGACCUCCGGGCAGGCCAAUCAGAGGAGGCGCGUGCGCAAGUAGGCGGGGUCGCACGCGAGACGGUGGCUCGCGGCCAGAUGGCGUCAGCAGCGGUGCUGCGUAGUAACCGACGCUCCCUCAGUCGUUGCUUCUUCUCGUCGCCGUCGCGCGCCAAAAUGGAGGCCGCCGCCGCCGCAUCGUCGUCGUCGGAAGGGGCCGCGGCGGGCUCUCCUCCGCCUUCUUGCGGCUGGCUGAGCCCGCUCCGCUUCGACAACCGGGCGCUGCGGGCCCUCCCCCUGGACCCCAGCGAGGAGAACGUGCCCCGCCCGGUGCCGGGCGCGUGCUUCUCGCGGGUGCGGCCCACGCCCCUGGCGAACCCCAGGCUGGUGGCGGCCUCCGCACCGGCACUGGCGCUGCUGGGCCUGAGGGAGCCGCGCUCUGCGGCGGAGAGGGCCGAGGCGGCGCUGUACUUCAGCGGGAACCGGCUCCCGCCCGGCGCCGAGCCCGCCGCCCACUGCUACUGCGGACACCAGUUCGGGAGUUUCGCCGGGCAGCUCGGGGACGGCGCCGCCAUCUACCUGGGCGAGGUACUCAACGCGGAGGGACAGCGCUGGGAGGCGCAGCUCAAGGGCGCCGGACUCACGCCUUUCUCCCGUCAAGCAGAUGGCCGUAAAGUUCUUCGAUCAAGCAUAAGAGAAUUCCUUUGCAGUGAAGCAAUGUUUCAUCUUGGAAUACCCACAACCAGAGCUGGGACAUGUGUAACAUCUGAUUCAGAAGUUAUUCGGGAUAUUUUUUAUGAUGGAAAUCCAAAGAAAGAAAAAUGUACAGUUGUCCUGAGAAUAGCCCCAACUUUCAUUAGGUUUGGAUCAUUUGAAAUUUUUAAACCAGCUGAUGAAUAUACAGGACGCAAAGGCCCCAGUGUCAAUAGAAAUGACAUCCGAAUACAAAUGCUUGAUUAUGUAAUCAGUACUUUUUAUCCAGAGAUCCUUGAAGCACACUCGGACAAUAAGGUUGAGCGGAAUACUGCUUUUUUCCGUGAGGUAACACGGCGGACAGCAAGGAUGGUUGCUGAGUGGCAGUGUGUUGGAUUUUGCCAUGGUGUGCUCAACACUGAUAAUAUGAGUAUAGUUGGACUCACAAUCGACUAUGGACCAUUUGGAUUUAUGGACAGGUAUGAUCCUGAACAUAUUUGCAAUGGUUCUGAUAACACAGGGCGCUAUGCUUAUAACAAACAACCAGAAGUUUGUAAGUGGAAUCUAGGCAAACUUGCUGAAGCCUUAGACCCAGAACUUCCACUGGAGAUCAGCAUACCCAUUCUGGAGGAAGAGUACGAUACAGAAUUUGGGAAACAUUAUUUGCAGAUUAUGAGAAAGAAGCUAGGAUUGAUCCAGCUUCAGUUAGCUGAUGAUGAUAAAUUGGUUUCUGACUUCUUAGAAACUAUGCAAGUCACAGGUGCAGAUUUUACAAACACUUUCCACUUCCUGAGCUCUUUUCCAGUAGAGUCAGAUCCUUUAAAACUAGAAGAUUUCUUAGAUAAGAUUUCAAAGCAGUGUGCAUCUUUAGAAGAACUUAAAGUCGCUUACAGACCUCAGAUGGAUCCCAGGCAACUGUCAAUGAUGCUGAUGUUAGCACAGUCUAACCCACAACUGUUUGCCCUAAUUGGAACAAAAUCCAAUAUAAAUAAAGAAUUGGAACGCAUAGAGCAGUUUUCUAAGCUGCAGCAGUUAACAACAUCUGAUUUACUAAGUAGAAAUAAAGGACACUGGAAAGAUUGGUUGCAGAAAUACAAAGCUCGACUUGAAAAAGAUAUGGAACAUGUUAGCAAUGUUGAUACCUGGCAUGCUGAACAUGUAAAAAUUAUGAAUUCAAACAAUCCAAAAUAUAUUUUGAGAAACUACAUUGCUCAAAAUGCAAUAGAAGCAGCAGAAAAUGGUGACUUCAUGGAGGUUGAGAAAGUCUUAAAACGCUUAGAAAAGCCCUAUGAAGAAUGUUACAGUGAAGUCAUGGAGGAGACUGAAGAAGUAGAAGAUGUUGCUGCUGCUGCAUCUGUGGCCUGCAGUUCAACCACCCGGCAGAGAGUGCCAUAUAGCAGUAAACCUCCACUCUGGGCUUCUGAACUUUGUGUUACAUGAUCAUCAUAAUGGCCUUGUUGAUAUUUUCCACAAAGAGGUCAAUCUAGUGGAGAGUGCAGCAAGGCACCACAGAAGUGCUAUUAGCUCUCAAACAGAUGGUUUGGAUAUAUUCACAGUAUCACCUGAGCCAUGUUCAUUUUAUGAGAUACGACAAUCAGCUGUCCUAGAGACAGACCAAAGUUUUAAUCUUCCCAUCAUGCACAAAGUGCUUUUAUAUUUUUACGCACAAUGCUCUGCAAAUGUCCAAGCAAAGUCUGUGUUUUUGAAGACAAAAAUAGAAAACCAGCUUUUGGCUAUAUUUUUGUCUGAAAAUGAAUUAAUAGUACUUCUGACUCAUGUUUAUAACACUUUUCUUAUGCAAAGAUAUUUUGAUUCUCGGUGAGGAUGAAUUUAAACGCACCAUUGCUUAUUUGAAGCUAUGUUUCAUUUAAUUAUGUAGUUCAUUUAUUGUGAACCUUCAUGUUUAUAUCAUGUUUUUAGAUAGGUCAUUGGGGAAGCAAUAGCAAUAAUGGGUAUUACAGAAAGAAUGUUGGCAAUUAGUAUAAAAUGAGUUUCAAGGUAACUGGUUUGUAUAAACGGCUUAUUUUCAGAUGAGCAUAAAGAAGCAUGUGUCGCUGAAGACAUUGCUAAUUAGAUCGACAAGUACUCAUGUAAAUGUCUCCUGUGCUUGUGGUUCAGGACUGAAUCCAUGUUUUGGCAUUUUUGCAUGCUAUUCCUUUCACUAGAUCAGUAAUAGUGAUCAUCUCAAGGGAUGUUCACUGUUUAUGCCACCAGUUACUUGCUGAACAUUUGAAAUAACUAAAUUUUGCUAUCUUUCUUUCAAUCCAAAAGAGAAAAAACUUGCAAUCUGGGAGUGAUCAGACAUCACUAUAAGCUAGAAUUAUGACCAUGGCAGCUUCUUGAUUUGUGCAGCCCACUUGGUUCCUGUCUAUGUGGGAGCAGCCAAGUAUUGCUUAUUGUCUAAUUCUGGCACUCUGUCACACUUCUUCCCUGAUAAGCCAGUUAAACUGGCUGUAAAACAGAGUUUGGCCAUCACACUAAGCAGACUAUGGGUGGCUGCAGGGACAUUCAAGUUGUGUACUUGCAUAUGCUGCUCAUAAACAAUAAGCCAUUGUGUCCAAGCCUAGGCAAUUAUGGAUUAUAACUGCAAUUUUAAAUUAUAUUUUUCUCAACUGGGUUGUUCUGUAAAAUUGUGUUUAGCAUUUAAACAAGGUCUUUCCCAUUAGGAUUUUGUAUGUUCUCAUACUUGCACCUUCUGCAGCCAAUUAUUUCCCAUGUUUCAUUUUCACUACCUCAAAAGGUAUUUUUCUUCAUGUUAAUUGGGAUAAUUGCACAAUCAUUUGAGUAGCAUUUCAGCACUAAAAAAUAGCAUGCUUAGUAUGCAUGUAUCUCAGUCUGAAAUAUCAUAAACACAAUUAUUUUCUAGAUUGCCAAAAGGAGGAAUCGAGUCAUAGUGAGUCUCUCCCAUCACUGUUCCAAGGCAAGAAGGGAAAUCUUGUUCCUUGAACCUGAUCUCGCUUGUAUCACCUGCCAUUUUUGCUACAUUUUACUACAUUUCUUUAUGUGCAGUUAUCAGUGGGGACUGGAGCAGAUGCUGUUUUGAUUAUCAGGCAUCACCAUGUGACUGCCAGAAGUCCACGACAUUCACAGCCCUGAGACAACUUGAUUUUAGUCACAACAGUAGCCAUAAUUUAACCCUUGAGUUUAGAAGAUAGACUAGAUCUUCAACUUCCACAGCUCUUUUUCCAUAGGUUUAUUCUUCUGCAAUACAUCUGUUUCCACCUCAGACUUUGUUUCUGACCUUUUGGCCAUCAGAACAACUUUUAAGACAUUGGUGAUGUUCUGGACCAAUAAAGAUUCCUCACCUUCCCAUUGUGGCUAGUUUUAAGACCCUGUUUAUGAUUUGGGACUUCCUUUCUGUCUAUGCCUUCUUGCUGUAGGUUGUUUCUACAACUAGGUUUUGAAAUGUUGAACCAAGAUAAGUGAGCCUGAUGGUCAUUCAGCUUUCAGCUUCAAGAUAUUAUUUCCCUGUGUCUGUGGGUGUGGUUGGGUGCCACAUGCUAGACAUGAAUUCCUCCUGGCCUUUCUACUAGCUCAGAAUAAUACACAGGUAGGUAGGUAGGUAUGUAGAUAUUAUGUGCGUCAUUUUUAAAUUAUAAGAGGUCACUAUUUUAAUGGGUCAAUUGGUGGCUGCUAUAGCUGUAUUCCUAAGCAAUGUUUCUUACAGUGCUCUGUUAAACUAAGUAGGAUAUACCUUUGGGAUAUGUUUGUUAAUCUGGAAAAAAAACUGAUUUGUGGUGUAGCUUUGGCCAGAUGUAUCCUUUCUGCCUUAAUAAAUAAAUAUGUACGUUAGUUGUUUGGAAAAUCAGUGUGGUUGAUAAUAAUCCACCACACUGAUAGCCAGUGUGGCAGAUAAUAAGUGGUGCACAGAAUUCUGCAAAUGAAAGUUACUUGCUUUUCAUUAUUAACACUUUUAUUUUUAGCAGGCCUGGUUUUUUCAUAUAGAGAUUUGAAUAAAAAGUGCUCAGGGCAAGUGAUGUGAGUGACAUGCCUGUUACCUGUAAGCCAACUUAGUUUACUUCUUGUUGAAUUUUGGCAAUAAAUAUACACCACAUGAAUGUUUUAAAUUAAACUUUAAGUAUUGCACUUUAUUCUGGAGGGGUGUUACACAUUUUCCUUAUUCUGCAAAGAUUGACAGACAUGUGGAAACCAUCACCCUGUUUGUUAAAAAAUAAAUUUUUACCAUGUUCAUAUUAAAACAUGUCUCUUUUUUAUACUAAGAAAUUCAAGGAAUAAACAUGUAUGCGUAUUAUUUUA